GAAGCCUCUGACCCAAAAGCAUGCGCACCUCCCCUCGCUUGCUCAGUUGUUACCUGUGACGCCUACCUGACGACGCUAUCGCCGUCUUUUGUCCUUAAUUGUCGUUGUUGGCCAAACAAAUUAACCAUGACUCAAGUGAACAGGUGCCUCAAGUUAACCUUCAUCGUGUCCAACGUCUUCUUCGCGAUAGUGGGCGGGCUCAUCAUCACUUUGGCUCUGCUGCUGCAAGUGCUCACCCACUUAAAUGGCGCCGCGCUGGAAGGUCGCGGCACCGCUCUGGUCAUGCUGUAUGUGGUGGGCACCAUCACCAUGGUGAUCGCCGCCGUGGGAGCGUAUGGAGCACACCGCCAGAGCCGCCCGGCGCUCAUCGUGUUCCUGGUCUGCAUGGUCAUUGGAAGUCUGCUCAUGCUGCGUGUAGGCAUCCCCGCCGCCGCCGUGCGUCCUCAGUUGGAGGGCUUGAUGAGGGAAAGGCUGAGUCAGCUUCUGCCGUUGGAUGCCACCAGUCAGGAGAACAAGGACGUCGCCAAUAGCGUGCAGGAAAUGCUGAAAUGUUGCGGCCUCUUCAGCUAUGAGGACUGGCGCCAGAACAUUCCCGACUCGUGUUCGUGUGACGACGUGGCCGAGAUGGAGGGAAAAUGUCAGUCAGUCAACUACCUGAUGUUGCUGCAGAGGAGUAGGCUGGUCUUCAGUCAGCCGUGCUUCCCGCUCAUCGCCCACUACGUCCUCAUGGCGGUGGACGUCGUCAUCGGGGUGGUCUUCGUGUUGGCCAUUUUGGCGCUGCUGGGCCUGACGCUGUCGUCCAUCAUAAUCCAUCAGCUGCGUGCCGCCAACCGCCCUUCGGUGGUGAUGGUGGUGCCCAGCAUCUUCAAGGCGGCGCCCCCCAAGUACCAGGAGCUGCACAACCCCCCCAUGUACUAGGCCACGCCUCCUCGCUUUUUUGCUCUUUUUCCUUUUAAGGCCAAACGGGCAUGUAGUGACAAAGUGCCUUAAAUCACUGAUGCACUGGCGCUGAGGCCCACAAGCCCACGCCACCAUUUUUUCCUGCGGUGAAAGGGACGAGUUGAUGUAGAAGUUGUAGAGGUGAAUGGGGGGGGGGGGGCAUUUCAAGGCUACUAAGAUUCUUUGAUUUGAAACAAAUGUACUUGUCGUUUUGUUUAGUAAACUAUUUC